AUGCCUCACUUUACCAGCAGGGACUAUGCUCUGAUCCUGCAUGGCAUACACUUCAUUCUUCGGGUUUCUCUUCGUGUCUGGAUAAUUGGCGAUCCUAUGUUAACAGCCUAG